AUGGCGAAACAUUUUGAAAUUUAUGAAGAAGGAAUGGAGGGAAUACAGGAUGAACAAAAUAGACAAGUGCCGAAAAAAAAGAAAAAAUUUUUGGUUCAAUUCUCUGUGGAAGAAAUUGCCAUUAAAAAGGCAUGCAAAGGACGAAUGGUUUCUCUGAAAAUGGACACUGCAACAAGACUUGAGCGAGCAGUAUUAGGAAUCAAUGUCCAAAUUAUUAGACACAAUAAAAUCCAAAUAUAUAGUCUAGCAAUAAAAGAGCUUAGUGGAAAGCAUACAGCCGCUAAUUUAAAAGAGGAGCUUGAAAAUGUUUUGAAAGAAUUCGAAAUAAAAAAAAGUCAGAUUUACUGCAUUACGACAGAUAAUGGAAGAAACAUGCUGAAAGCCGUAGAACUGUUUUCUGACGAAAAUCUUAAUCAAUUAGAAAAUAAUGAAGAAAAAGCCAUCAAUUCGGAAAAUUUCGUUGAAACUGUAGUGGAAAAUUUCUGUUCUGAGGAACCAAAUAUUAUAUCAGUAAAGUGUGCGGCACAUACGUUGCAACUCGUUGUGAAAGAUUUUCUUUCGAACACCGAUGCCGAAAUUAUAGAUCGCGCACGAGAAGUUGUAAAAACAUUAAGAACUCCGACAUAUAGACAUUCUCUACAAAUAUUGAAACUUAAAAAACCACGAUUGGAUGUAUGUACUCGCUGGAAUUCGACUUAUGAUAUGUUGCAGCGACUUUUGCAAUAUAAGACAUUUUGUAACGAUAUUGUAGGAACAUCUCGUUUAUCAGAACAGGAAUGGAUUACGAUCCAGGACAUAGUGAAAGUCCUAAGGCCAGUAUAUGAAGCAACAAUGAAACUUCAGGAGAGUCAGUUGUUAGUGGGAGAUUUUUAUAAAUUAUGGAUUAAUCUUAAACUACAAGUAGACACACUUAGAUCAAGUGUAGCUGAUGCUCUUUCACAUUAUUUGGAAAGAAGAGAAUCUCAGAUUUUGAAGAAUGAAGCAGUUAAUGCUGCUAUUUUCCUAGAUCCAAGAUUAAAACGCCUUUUGUCAUCGGAACGAAAGAUUAAAGCUAAAAAGCACUUAAAAAGUAUCGCAGCUCGAAUGUUUAUAUUGAAUCAGAACGAUAGAACAAUAAAUAUAACUAACAUGGUGGAAAAGGAGGAUGCCAACGAUAACAAUGCGGUGACUGAGGCGACUGACUUUUCGAGUACGAGUAAUACUAAUUUAACACUAUUACGAAAUUCCGUUGUGCACAUGGAACUAGACUCGUCUACGGACGACGAGCAAGAAGACAUGUAUUUGCAAGAAAUGAAAAAAAUGUUUAAUGAAAUAGAUAACUAUAAAGAACAACGUAUCGAUAUAGAUGCUGAUUUAAUGCAAUAUUGGAAAGAAAAAAGAUACGUCGUACCGUUCAUUACUAAAUUAGCAAACAUUGUCCAUGCUGUCCCCGUUACACAACAAUCAGAAAACAUGCUCGUAUUGCUUGCCGAGAAUCAAAGACCUUGGGUAACCGAAAUAAAAUUCUGA